CCGAAGGAAGAUAAAUGCGUAGUUAGAGAGAGAAAAUGUUAAAAGUCGUGAGUUUUUUUUCAAAAAAAGCAAAACAGAUUUCUUUUUUGUCUUUAAAAUGUGAGACAUGUGAUGAAGCUCUAGAGACAGAAAGAAAGAAUAGUUAAAGAUUAACUGAAAAAGAUAAAUCUGUGAAAUUUGCAUAUUCUUGUAUUUUUUGUAUAUCGAAGGCGACAGCAGACAUAAUUUCACCAAGAGCACGCAAUGUGUCGACAGACAUAGAUCUGUCAUUGGCGAGGUGCUGGACAAGUCGAUCUUAACAUCGGGAUCAGGCGUUCUAUUUACGUCGUCGAUGGUGGUUUUAUGGUGGGAAUAAAAGGGACUCUCGAGAGAAUUCAUAUCGUCGAACCGAUUCGCAGCAGAGGAUUGAAUGCAUAUAAUAUGAAGGAAAGAAUCUUCGGGUUCUUUUUACUCGACGCGACUGUUCAGAUGUGAUUGAUUUCUCCCCAUCUCCGGAGAAUCGAGGUCGAUGCGUAGCUUGACGCGGCCAGGCAACGUUUCGUUGCGCAGAACGAAACUCCGCCGAGUGACCAGUGACCAACAGUGACAGCUGACUAAUGUAACGCGACCCUUGGCUCUCGCGUCAUUCCGUACACUUGUACUCAUUUUGUACCAACGCCGAGGCCUGCACAACGUAUACGCACAUAAUAUUGAUUGAUAUUAAUGGGGAAUAAACCUAUUUUCCCGAUAGGAAGAACUAAUUUCUGCUAUUAAAAUAGGCUGUAUCGGAGCAGCUGCUCUGUAGUUAGCGAUCAUGGAACAAGUGAUCGCAAUAAGUACACAAAAUCCAUUAUCUAUAUUGGUUAAAUUUGGUAUGAUGGCUUGGAACAAUAGCUGUGGAAUUGAAAAUUGUUCUGGUCAUGGAGAAUGUCACAAUGGAACUUGCUUAUGCGAGAUUCAAUUUGAUGGACCAGAAUGUCAUAUUCCAAAUUUAAGUUAUUAUGUUGCUUUUGCUACAAUCUUUUUCUUAUUAGCUUUUGUUUGUUUGAUUCAACUUGUCAUGUGCAUUGUUGCUGAGUGGCAAAAAAUGAAGGCACCAUCAUUUUUGAGAGCAUGCAGGGUUACUACUCAAAAACUGCUAUACUUUGUAGUUUUUCUUGCAUCCGUUAUACGAGGCGCAUAUUUUACAUCACCGACUGCUUUCAAAGAGGGCUGGUCCAGAAGUUUGCUGUCAGCAUAUUAUCCAUUGCUUUUGAGUGGAUCAUCGUUGAUCGUUUGUUUUUGGGCCGAGGUGUUUCAUCUGAGGGACAUUCGAUGGGACAAACCUCAGUUUUUAUCAAAAUCUUUUCUAGCCUUUGUUGUCUUCAACAUAAUGACAUAUUCCCUUUUAUUAGCGGAAUUUAUCAUGGCACAAACAUAUUCGCAAGAAGAUCAAAGUUUCUAUACACAUGUAUUCAACGGCUGUUAUGCAGUACUCCUGUUCAUUGUAGUGGUUUUAUUCUUGAUCUAUGGAGUGGAAGUAUUCUUCAAAGUUCGUGGUGGAUUCUUGAAUGAAUACCGCGUCGCUUCCAUUGCAACUAAUAAACGUACAGCUGAUGAAGCAAAGAUCCAUGCCGAGGAUCAAGUAACAGCAAAAUUAUUUGAUCCAGUUCCAUCCACAUCCGCGGCAGAGCCUUUGCACAUGCAACAAGUGAAUACAUCCCAAUUACAUCAAUCAAGAUUUGGAUUACUUUCUCAAGCGUUUAUGUUGUUUAUAAUCGUCGGUUUUCUAUUUAGUGAGACUCUCAGUGAAUUUUGGAAGACAAAAGUGCCAUUGUACAGCAGGAAUUGGCAUGAUGUUGUAUUUCGUGUUAUUGAAGUUGGCGUAGCACUGUGGUUUCCUUGCGUUCUAUGGAAUUGUAUGAGUCCGGAACAAUUAUGGAUUCUAAAUCCAAAGCGUAUAUUGAAAAGAUUAGAUCUGGAUCAGGGGAAACAUAUAAAAGAAAUUGAAUUACAAGAGAAGAGCGCAUCUCAAGACACCGCAUUUCUUUCUUCAGAUGCAGCAUCGAUCAAUAGCAAAGAUUGUUGGAUUUGUUAUGACAGUGACAGACAAGAUGCUGGUCCAUUAAUACAACCGUGCCAUUGUAGGGGUGAUGUAAGUGCAGUACAUCAUGAUUGUUUGCGUCGUUGGCUCGUCGAGAGUUCUGUCAAUGCCGACAGCCUCAUUUGUAAAGUUUGUAACACAAAGUACAAUGUUGAACAUGCCAGUCGAUUAGACUGGCAAAACAGUUUAACCCCACGCCAUUGUUUACAAACUAUUGCUAUUGUUACUACGAUGUGUGCAUCUUCUGCUGCCGCGUGGGUAGUUAUUCAACUUGUAGAAGGGCCCUUCAUCAGAAUGUUCGCAGCCGGAACCGCAUUAUUGGUCAUGUACGUCUGCAUAAGAUUCUUGAGCUUGAAUACCGUUGUAGCCUAUCAACGGGCCAAAAUCUCAUCGUUAAAUAUCGUUAACAGUGAUAGUGAGAGUAGUGGAACUGCACACGUUACGACGAUUAGUCAUACAAUUUCUGUGGAUUUGACAAAAUCUGACAUGGCUACAAUAUAAUCUACACUUGCCAUUGCAUUAUAAAACAUAGAUACGCUUCCUGCUUGAAAUAAAUUCAGGAUAGGAAAAUUAAAUAAUAAUGUAGAUAUGCAUAUAUGCUUUUCAAGCAUAUAAACAUAAUGACAAUGAUUGAGACACAGUAUGUUUUCAAUCAAGAAUUUUUAUAUACUUUUUGUAAAAUAGCAAAAUUACUUUACAAAACGUAGAUAAAAAAACUAAGAAAAAAAAUGUACUGUGGCUACAAUUUCACUAAAGGAUUAAAACAGUUGCCAAACUUUCAUAUUUUAUGUCUCCUGAUUAGUUCAUUAUACAUUUCUGAAUGUAUAACAUGCAAACUAGUUUUCGAUAUACAUAGAUCCCAUGUUUUAUAUUAUACAUAAUGUAUAUAAUAUAUUGCAUUAUAAAAUAUUUGCAAUAUUUCAUAAGAUGGACAAAGUUAAGUUGUAACUCCAGUUACUUUAAUUAUUUUGUUAGUGUAUAAUA